UUUUACUUCCGGGUUUUCAACUUCCUAUGGACCGCAUUGUAUCGUCGCACUGUUCACAAUUCAACCAUCCAAUCUCGUGGUGAACUAAACAAUUUUGAUUUUUUUGAGGUUGUGUAUUUUUUUCUAGCAAGCAUAGUCUGACAAAAAAAGAUCGAUGGCCUUUGUGCGCUCAAGUAAAUUUCGUCACAUUUUUGGGAAGAAGUAUGCAAAUGAAAACACUUUUACCAAUGUGCGGUUAACAGAAAUCAACUUUGACGGUGUGGUUAUCACAGCAAACGCGAAGUUUUUGGCUUUUGUUGUUAAGACGGGUGGUGGAGGAGCAUUUGGGGUUCUUCCGAUUGAAAAGUAUGGGCGACUGGACCAAAGCUUCCCCAAGGUGGAAGGCCAUGAGAAAGAUGUACUGGUCCUGGCCUGGAAUCCUUUCAACGAUAACUGUAUUGCGAGUGGAGAUGACAAAGGCGUAAUCAAAAUCUGGGAAAUUCCAGACGGCGGUAUUAAGGAAUCGAUAACUGAACCGCUUCUAGAACUUUCCGACCAUCAACGCCGGGUGCAGCUGUUGACCUGGCAUUGCUCAGCUGAGAAUAUUUUAUUUUCUGCAUCUGCUGAUUGUGAUAUUAUAGUAUGGAACCUGGAGUCGGCUGAGGCUAUAGCAUCCUGCUCUUUUCCUGGCUUCCUCUAUUCAAUGAGCCUUAACGAGGACGGAUCCAACAUAGUCGUUUCUUGUAAGGACAAGAAAUUCAGAGUCCUGGAUACACGUACAUUAGAAAAGAAAUCGGAAUGGGACGGUCAUCAAGGAUCUAAACCGCAGUUUAUAGAGUAUGCUAACUAUAAUAUGUUUCUGUCGACUGGAUUCUCUAGAAUGAGUGAACGUGAGUUGGCUGCAUGGAGCCAGACUGACCAGAAAAAACUUACACUAACGUCUUUGGAUACAAGUAAUAGUCCCCUGCAUAUUUACUAUGAUUCAGAUCUCAAUGUUGUUUUUCUAACUGGCAAGGGAGAUGCUGCUGUCCGAUACUACGAAUUAGUAGAAGAUGCACCAUAUCUUCACUUUCUGAGUAACUAUGUAGAGUCAACGGCACAUAAUCGAAUUGGAACUGUCUGCAAGCGUGCGGUCAAUCCACACUUAAAAGAAAUCUGCCGCUUCUACCGAUACGAGAGCAAAAAUAUAAUAUCCGUCUCAUCAAUGAUUGUCCCCAGAAAGUCUGACACGUUCCAGGAAGACAUAUUUCCAGAUACAAAUUCUGAUGUUCCAGCACUGUCCGCAUCUGAGUGGGUCAGCGGCAAAAACGCCAAACCCAACAAAAUGAGCUUCCAGGCUUCAUUUAAUGGACAAUCUGUCAAAUCCAACAGUACUACAAAGAAAGCAGGAAUAGGUUUAAAAAAAGUAAUCAAACCAGCAGGAGGAGAAGGAGGAGAGGAUGAAUUUACAGCCCUGAAGAAAGAAGUUCAGAAGCUGAAGUCAACAGUUGAGACGCUGGAAGCAAGAGUAAAAACGCUUGAACAAAAAUAAUCAGAUGAUUAAUGAAAAUCAGUCAACACAUUCGAGAUUUCAAGGACAGUAAAAGACAAAGAUAAAUGCAGAAUACUAAACUGUUUGAUAAAUUUCCUAAUGAUUAAUCCUGUUUUGUAAUUUUCAAUAAUUAGAUAUUAUGCAGAAAUUUAAGUAAUCAGUGGGUCGGUGGACAUUAACCACUUUGUUAUAUAAAACAAUAUUGUAUAAAAAUUCAAAAACAUAAUUGUUAACCCAAUGUGAUUACAGUAAUGUUUGAUUGCAAUAUUUGAAAUUUGCUCACAAUAUUUGUUUCCAAAGUAUAACAGAAAUUGAUGUUUCUAAACAGACACACAAUUAAAAAGUAUAUACUGUAGUUUAGUGUGUACUGCAAGUAUCCUCUGGCAAAAUUGUUUGGAAAUUUCUGAGAUAUUGUGUAAUUCAACUCUCUGUAUUUAUAAAACUAAAAGUUGAAUUCAUUUUUCAGCAUUAAUUUCGUUUUAAUCUUCAUAUUUUCAAAGUUGCGACUAAAAAUAUCUGAUAAUUUGUUGUAGGUUGGGUUAUAUUUUCUAAUCUUAAAAAUACCAAGACAAAGAUUAUU